AUGAUUCACGGGCCCAGAUUAACGCCGGCCCCGCCGCCGAUAGCCCGGCUCCCGACGGGUACCACGCCGGGUACCACAGGCAAGAGCGUGGCGCUACUGCCAGCCUCGCGGUAUGAUUCACGGGCCCAGAUUAACGCCGGCCCCGCCGCCGAUAGCCCGGCUCCCGACGGGUACCACGCCGGGUACCACAGAUUAACGCCGGCCCCGCCGCCGAUAGCCCGGCUCCCGACGGGUACCACGCCGGGUACCACAGGCAAGAGCGUGGCGCUACUGCCAGCCUCGCGGUAUGAUUCACGGGCCCAGAUUAACGCCGGCCCCGCCGCCGAUAGCCCGGCUCCCGACGGGUACCACGCCGGGUACCACAGAUUAACGCCGGCCCCGCCGCCGAUAGCCCGGCUCCCGACGGGUACCACGCCGGGUACCACAGGCAAGAGCGUGGCGCUACUGCCAGCCUCGCGGUAUGAUUCACGGGCCCAGAUUAACGCCGGCCCCGCCGCCGAUAGCCCGGCUCCCGACGGGUACCACGCCGGGUACCACAGAUUAACGCCGGCCCCGCCGCCGAUAGCCCGGCUCCCGACGGGUACCACGCCGGGUACCACAGGCAAGAGCGUGGCGCUACUGCCAGCCUCGCGGUAUGAUUCACGGGCCCAGAUUAACGCCGGCCCCGCCGCCGAUAGCCCGGCUCCCGACGGGUACCACGCCGGGUACCACAGAUUAACGCCGGCCCCGCCGCCGAUAGCCCGGCUCCCGACGGGUACCACGCCGGGUACCACAGGCAAGAGCGUGGCGCUACUGCCAGCCUCGCGGUAUGAUUCACGGGCCCAGAUUAACGCCGGCCCCGCCGCCGAUAGCCCGGCUCCCGACGGGUACCACGCCGGGUACCACAGAUUAACGCCGGCCCCGCCGCCGAUAGCCCGGCUCCCGACGGGUACCACGCCGGGUACCACAGGCAAGAGCGUGGCGCUACUGCCAGCCUCGCGGUAUGAUUCACGGGCCCAGAUUAACGCCGGCCCCGCCGCCGAUAGCCCGGCUCCCGACGGGUACCACGCCGGGUACCACAGAUUAACGCCGGCCCCGCCGCCGAUAGCCCGGCUCCCGACGGGUACCACGCCGGGUACCACAGGCAAGAGCGUGGCGCUACUGCCAGCCUCGCGGUAUGAUUCACGGGCCCAGAUUAACGCCGGCCCCGCCGCCGAUAGCCCGGCUCCCGACGGGUACCACGCCGGGUACCACAGAUUAACGCCGGCCCCGCCGCCGAUAGCCCGGCUCCCGACGGGUACCACGCCGGGUACCACAGGCAAGAGCGUGGCGCUACUGCCAGCCUCGCGGUAUGAUUCACGGGCCCAGAUUAACGCCGGCCCCGCCGCCGAUAGCCCGGCUCCCGACGGGUACCACGCCGGGUACCACAGGCAAGAGCGUGGCGCUACUGCCAGCCUCGCGGAGCGGGUUCUGGCGGAGUUCCACGCGGUCGAGUGCGACGACUUCCCCCAGCUGACGGGGCUGAAGCAGAGCCCUCUUAGGCCUUGGCAACUGCAGAGAGACAAAAUUAACAACGCAGAAGUGGUGAUGGAGACUCAGACCGUCAGCACCACGGAACUAGUCGGGAAGCACCCUGAGCAGACUUCAAACAUGUGCGACAAGAAGACGGAGCCACCUGCAGCAAUGCACCAGGAAGCGUCACAUGCGGCGUCGUCACUGGAGACGGCGGCGGUGACGUCGCUCCAGGGACCGGCCCCGGGACCAAGGAGAGACAGCGCAGCCGGUCUCAGCGGCCGUCGACGCGACAGCCGCAGCAGGCUGGCGGGACACGUGGCGGCCAGCGAGCCGGCGUGGCCGCCCGAGCAGUUGCGGCGUCUGCCGCCAGGAGCGCCCGCGCGCCACUCCGGCUAA